GUACCGUGUUCCCUUAAGCACAAUGUGCCCUCGGCGAGACAGGACCCGAUCGAGCAGCAGACUACAGUGUUUUACAAAACCCACUGCACUUCUGGUGAGGAGGAGACGUCAAUACAACGACACAGAGAGAGAGACAGAUGUCGUCUUGGCCGCAUCCCAUGUCUUGUGAAAUCGAAACAUUGCUUUUGGUUUUGGAUCGUCACAAUCAUCGUCACACCUCGAAAGUCUUGCGCUGUAGUACAAUUAGCAGGACAUCUAUAAAGUAUUCUUGAGGAAUUGCAGUGUUUACACUCGUCACCUCGGGACAACUUGCUGGUUUAUAUGCAUCCCGUCAAGUGGUGCAGUGGGUGUCUUUGUGGAUCUGGAAUGCAAAGCUCAGACCUCAAAUGCAACAUGACUACAGAAGACUUCUAUCACCUGCCCCUCAACAUCUAUGUCAUUAUCCUGGGCAUAGCCCUCUUCGUCUUCAUGCUCAGCCUCAUCAUCUGCUGCUACAUGUUCAGACUACGACGACAAAGCUCUAGAGAACAGUAUGGAUAUAAUCAGGUCGUUUUGAAAGAAGCAGGAAAUAAACUCCAGCUUAUUGGUCAAAUGUGCGCCGUAUGCUUGGAAGAAUUCCGCAGCCGUGAUGAACUCGGAGUGUGUCCCUGUUCCCACGCCUUCCACAAGAAGUGUCUGCUGAAGUGGUUUGAGAUCCGCAGCGUCUGCCCAAUGUGCAACAAGCCCAUCUCCCGCCUUCUGCCUGAGGCCUCAGUGCAGGGAACCCAGGCGCCCCAAGACCCCCCCGAGGUCUGAUUGGAAGGAAAACAUUUUUUUUAUUACCACACAGAUAGGCCAGUGAAAGCCGUGUUUUUUUGGUGUUCACCACAUCCGUAGGACUCCAGUGUAAUCGAGUAGGAACAGAACUCUUAUGUGCGAUGAUCCACAUAAGACAAUCAUUCAGAGGGUGCAUAUGAUGACAUGUUGAACUUUGAGGAGUUGUAAAGAGGUGUGUUCAAGUUUGAGGCGCUUGCUCGUGGAUAGAAAGUUCUUUCAAGGCAAUCUCUGUCUCAUCCCUGAAGUAACCUUUCUCUACUCCCUGGAGUCAGGAGCUGGAAUAGUGAUGAUCUGGGUGGAGAGGGUGGGGUUUGGCCCAUCGCCCUCCUUCACCCAGAGACUCAGAGACUCCAGCCAUGUGUGGGAAUGGUGUAUUCCCAAUUGACUUCCCUCCCCUCCUGAUUCUCACUCCUCUAACAUCAAUGACAGGGCCCGGAGAGGCUGGCUCUGCCCAAAAGAGCCCAACCAAAGACCAAAGGAGAAGAGGAGGCCUAUAGGGAAUGUGACGUGCCAUGUUAACAAGUCCCUGCUUCUGUGGGUCUGUUGAUCAGUAGUAUGCGGCUGCGAUAGAGGAGGCUGCAAUUUAAGAACUACUUUCUUUCAAGGUAGUACUUAUAGUUUCCAAACCACUUGUAGUUGUACAGGUUUAUUCAAUAUUCUACUGAAACUGCAGCUUCCUCUGUCGCAGAAACAUACUGCUCGUGUUGGUUCUGUCUCACAAGAUGGCGCCCGGCAGUAACUAGACAUUCCCUAUACAGAUAUUUACCGAACAUUGUUACACUGAUCAUGGCUUCACAAGGAGUGAUUGGGUCUAUAUUGUGUCUGCAAUAUGUCUCGGCAUCAUUGGCAGGUUCCCUCCAAUAAGCAACAAAGAGUCACGGUUUACACAAACUAUCCCUAAAGGCAGCAUAAAGACUCAACUAGGUUACAAGGAUGGAUGUAAUGGUGUUUCAUUGGAUUGUCAUGAACUGUCAGGUGAAAACUUCUUCAAAAAACCCAACACCAGCUAUUCAAAAAAAAGAAAGACAUCAACUCCUGCUUUUGCCUCUGGGGUGAAGGCAUGUAUACAGCAAUGAGACUGAGAGUUUAAAGGACUAUUAACUUGACUUCCAAAAAAAAAACUGGGAUAGGGGUUAAAUUCUUGUUUGGCCGGUUGGUUAAUGGGAACACCUGUAAGCACUGCCACAUGUUUCACUCACUACAGGGUUUGGAAUAUAGAAGGAAAUAUAGUCAAUGAAUAUGGUUGAAUAAACAUAUAUAAUUUUAAGUUAUUUCUAGAGGUUUUGUAUCAUAAAUUGCUUUUAAUAAAGUGGGUAUUACUAAAAAAUAUUUUGGCAAUUAAAUGUGAUUCAUCUGUAUACCAACCAGUGACUCUUUAUAUAAAAGGAGUCACAGGUUAGUAAUUGUAUGUUUAAAGUUGAGGUUGAAAAUCAUUGGCAAACUUGCUGAAGGAUCAUUUGCUGUAAACAAAGAUCUUGAUUGAUUCAUUUAGUUGUUGAAAGAAUGACUAGAUGGUUAGAGGGCAUUUUAAAAGCUCACACCCUAAUAAGUUAUUUGAUUUUCAAUCAAACAAUACACCUUGUAUUUGUAGAAUUGCAUGCAAUUAAAGGGUAUCGAUUUUUCAGCCUUGAGAUGGUUGUUACAAUGGACCGUGUUCAGAUAAAGCCAAAUGUUUUCCGGUAGAUUUUAUCGGUGGUUACACCUCAUCUGCUGCACUAAGAACCCAGUUGUGGAUAUUUGGUGGGUGGGGAAAGAAUGCCAAUUAUACCUGCUCAGACCUGCUGUAGUAUCAGCCCUGUAUUAUUAUGGGGCGUCAUGUGCCUGAAGGGUGUGUCCUAGCAAUGUGCUGAAGAGAUCCUUGACUGUCUAUCCGGGAUAUACCACGUAAACUCAGAGUGGGAUACGCAUUUGCUGAGGACAGAUUUAAUUUAGGCUAAUAUCUGUUAUGUCUGUCAUGUCUGAGUUUGGACAAAAGUUAUACCCUUUAGUGAACUCAAAUCUAUGAAGCAUCAUAAUUGUAACUUGUAGGGUUGUUACUGGGGUUUUCCUUGUAAAAAACAAGACAAAACUAAACAAAUAUCUUCAGGAGCCAGCCACCCCACCCAAACCCAUACUGGAUGGCACUGUAAGCUGUAGAUUUUGGUUGCAAUCCAGGUGUCUGACAAGGAAAAAUAAAUGUCCAACUUCAACCCAAAGGGGAAUUCCCUCUUGGCUAAGAGGCUGGUAAAUAAGGAGAUUACCUGGGCUACACUAUUCACAUAGACCAAAACCCAUUCAUUAAUGGCAAAGACAAAAUAGUUUGAUGUGACAAUAGCAUGAUAUGCCGAUCUGAUAUGCCACUCUAUGCCAGUGGUAACAACUUUUAUCCUUAGGUGUACCACUGAAUGGUCAUCAAGACCUUUUUUGGAUCAGCUCAUAUAGGAAUGCUCAAAAAGGUGGUUAGAAAAUUAAGCAACACUGCUUGGUGUGUUCUGCUGAAAAAAUGCCAGUGGAAAACAUGGGAUGAAAUGCACGCUAAUCCAUAGCGACACUAUUAUUUGAAAUAAUAAGUCAUAAUACUUUAUUUACUGAACAAUAUUUAUGAGAUAUUUAUUAUCAAUUAUCUAUGUUAUCAUUUGUAUAUUAUUGUAAAUGUCUGUCUUUCAAGAAUAACAUUUGACACACCACAUUUGGUACCCUCUCCCACCCUGGUAGAGUGGUUCCAGAGUGGUAGGCUACCACUGGUUGAAUAGCGCUGCUCUAGACUGGCAUAGUGAAAGCUAUUAAGGUUUAAAGGAGACAUAUUAUGGUGUUUUCCCAACAAGUAAACAUAAUAUAUGAGUUCCAGAAAACAUGUUUUAGAAGCUGUUUGCUGGAAAUAUCUCACCCACCACUAUUCCCCUCUGUUUCCGUCCCUUCAGAAUGCGCUGUUUCUGGUUUCUGUAGCUUUAAUGCAAAUGAGCUGCUGCCAAUUGACCAAUGAGCUGUCACAGUGAACCACAGCAUGGAGGAGAAGUGAUUGUUGCCGUUUGCGGACUCCUGGAGCUCUAUAUAUAUUCUAUAAUAUAAUAAUAAUAAUAAUAAUAAUAUGAUAUUAUAUAUAGGUAUUUAUAAAAUAUAUCUAACAUCACCGCCAAAAGCUAUGUGUGCCUCGGAUGAUAUUAUGAAUCAUAAAGACUGCGUCUGACGUCUCUGGUACUUCCACAACAAGUAAAGACUCGUAGUGGGGAUUAUGUCGGCCAUGGUUGAGAAGAAUUGGGGGAAAGGAACUUUGGCCUUGACUCUCUGAAGUCCAAAUGAAGCGUGACAUGGAGGAGAAAGGGAUUGUACUCCGGGAGCUGAGCUGCCGGACUGCUGCCGAGCUCCCCCCGCCGGAGCUGCCAGAUUGCCGCCGAAGCUUCGGCGUUCAGUGGAGCAUGGCAUGGCUUUUUCAACGGUGCGUGCACAGUUAAUAAUUUGAGAGGGGUCUGGCUGCAGACAUCCACCCACACGCUCCAGACAUCCACCCACAGAACUUCCGCUGCAGACAUCCACCCACAGAAACAUCCACCAGCACACCGGAAAUUGCAAAAAUAAAUAAAUGUCGUUUUGCACUGCGCAAGCGCGAGUUGCAAAUUCUAUUGCCAACGUGUAAAAGGGACGGGACUGCACGAAGCUAUGUGACACGUUCGGUUCAGCUGCACUUGGAGGUUAUGGUAGGUGACUAUUCACCUUAUUCUUCAUGUUUAACCUCUGUUUUUCUUUUAUUCCUAGUCUGUCUUACAUAGUUUUGAUAGGGCAAUAUGUAAAGCGUCUU